AUGGGGCUUUUUGAUGUGUCUGCUAAUUUUAUUGGAGGGGAGCUUCCAUCUUGGAUUGGUUCUGUCCUCCCGGAUUUGCUUGUUUUGAACUUGUCAACCAACUUAUUGAAAGACCUUUCAAGUAACAACCUUGGGCCCUAUAUACCCGCUUGUGCCAAUGUUACAUUUAUGAGGUUCUUGCAUUUAACUAAUGACGCACUUGCUGGGCAUUUUCCGGAGUUUCUUUCUGGAGCUUCAUCGAUUGUCACAUUGGAUCUGAGACAAAAUGCAUUGUCAGGUGAGGUCCCUAGCUGGAUUGGUUCACUUCAUAACUUGAAGGUUCUUCUACUACAAGGAAACAAUUUUGAAGGUUCAAUCCCUCUAGAUCUAUGUCUGUUGGAAAACAUGACCAUAUUGGAUCUCUCAAAUAAUAAUCUUUCUGGAAAAAUUCCUCCUUGCUUGAAAGAUUUGACAUUUGGAAAUGAUGGGGUAUCUUCAGACUUUUCUUUUCCCUUGAGCAAAUGGGAUUUGACCAGUUGGACUGAGCUUGGCAAAGAAUACACAUUGGCUUUAACAUUUGAAUUAGAAGAAGUAAACUUUGUGACAAAGAGAAGGUUGGAAUCAUAUAAGGGCUACAUUCUACAACUUAUGUCGGGAAUGGAUCUCUCGAUGAAUAAUUUGACGGGCUUUAUUCCUCCAGAGGUUGGCCACUUGAGUGAACUUCGAGCCUUGAACCUAUCACACAAUCAUUUGACAGGAUUGAUCCCUGAAACAUUUUCCAUUUUGAAGAAUGUAGAGAGCUUGGAUCUGUCCUACAACAACUUAAUCGGUCCUAUCCCUUCGCAACUAACAGAGCUCUAUGCCUUGUCAAAUUUUAGAGUGGCUUACAACAACUUGUCAGGCAAGACACCAGACCGAAAAAAUCAAUUUGGAACUUUUGAUGAAGCAAGUUAUGAAGGUAACCCUCUUCUUUGUGGAACACCAUUAACAAGCUGUGAUGACUCAAAUCAGGAACAUGGGACACCACCAUCUUUUAGUCAUACCAUAGAGGAUGACUCUUGGAGAGAAGCCUUCUUGUGGAGUUUUGCAAGAUCAUAUAUUGUGGCAUUCCUUGGUGUGGUUCUUUUUCUCUACCUAAACCCGUACUAUCAGUGCGUGCUAUUCGAGCUUGUUUGUAAGCUUAUCCCAUUUUUUCUCCAUUAG